AGAAGAAGAGCACUACGUACUGAGCGACAUCAAACAUAAAGUUAUUAUCCUGCGAAAUUACAGCAUUGAGUUCAGAGCAGAAGAGGAACUGAAAGACUGCGAGUUUUAUGUUUUAAUUCAGCAGUUCAGAAUACUGCCAAUGGAAAGUAACAUCAUCACCACCCCCUUUUGCAACAAGGACUAUGCAGUACAGAAGAAGAUAGAAGAGCUGUGGAAGAGCCAUGUUGCUGUGAUUGACCUGAAAGCAAUGAGCUGCUCAGAUGUGUCUCUUACUCAGCUGCUGAAUGUAGUGGAGGAAGAAAACAUGACUGUUUUAAGAAGUGUUGCAGAGGCGUGCCUUGAUAUCAGACGUACUGCCAAACCAUCUCCAUCAAAAGACAAAUGCACAUUACAGCCCUGGUGGCAGACUUCUCAAAAACAGCAAAAGGAAGGAGGCAGCAUUUUUACUGUUCCAGUCAGUUGGCUUAUAAUCCCUCCUGAUCAGAAAGAAGCUCUUGAGAAUACUAAAGACUGGAAGAAUGAUGCUGUAUGUAGCACUCUAGGAACUUGUGAAACUAUGCUUGAGGAUGAGGAAGGAAACGGCAACAUGUCAUCAGGUGUUGAAGAGAUGAAGACAUAUCCUUCCUUUGUCUGUAGUGAAACUGCUGUGGAUGAGAAUAAAGACUUUCCAGCUGUUAAUCCCUGGAAUACUUUUCAGUCAGUUUCUUUCAGUACGUCAUUAUCCUCUGGAGAAGUGCCUGUCUUAUGCCAGAGCUCUCACGAAUUGCAGGAUAUAUCUGACGCCAGAGAUAAAGAAGAAGAGAUGCCACAGCCUGACAGCAGCACGCCAGAUGAUUUGUGUUUUCCCUCACAAGAUCCCGAAGGUGAUCACCUCCAGAAUUCAUCAGUAGCUGUUGAAGAAGAAGGAGAAAUGAAUGUGGCUGUUAGUCCAUCCCUUUUCCCAGACAGCAGUGUCAAUCUUAGUAGUAGCUUCUGUGGAACACCAAACAGUGAACCGGAGAAGUCGGUAGUCCAUGUGGAUGAAACUCCUUUAUUAAGCUGUGAAGACAGGCCUUGCAGCAUUGUCAAAACUGUAGGCAUUUCUGAAUCUACUGUGCUCAAAAACUACAGUGUUAACCCUUUUUCAUCAUCUUUAGGUGACAGCAGACAACAUGCUUCUACUUCUAACUGUCAGAGCCCUUCUGUACUUCGAAACCCUUCAUGUAAACCUGUUGUGACUGAUCGAUCAGCGCAAGAAUCACAUGAAACAUGUGAGUUUAACAUCUGCACAUCAGAAAGUGACAUACUGGAAAGUGAAGAAGAACAAAGACACAGAGUUUAUUUGUGCACAAUUCGGAAGCCCCAGGUUUCUAAGAGAAAACGUAGAUCUUGUUCAGAAAGCUGUGAUGAUUCAUUUAAAAGUGGAGAAGAACUGGGCAUCCUGAUGGAGAGGGGAGGUAGAAUCUCAGUGGGUGAAACAAAAUACUUUCUUCGCAGUAGAUGUGAUACAGAGAAGAGCCCUACAAAUAUGAACCAGGCUUUAUGUUUCAAAGAAGUAAAUGAAAUACAAAGAAAUAGAGAGCAGCAACAUUUAAAUGCAGUCACCCAGGUCUCCCCUGAGCCAAAAAGACAUCAGGGUAAAGUAUCACUAGAAAGGCCUGUACAUACACUGAAUUCAGAAAGAGUGCAGAGAAAAGUGAACAGCAAUGGAGAUGAAGGCCCUUCCAGACCAGCAUCACAGGUACAUUCAGAUGGAACCACAUUUCAGUACCAGUAUGGAACUCCUUCUUCUGAUCUUUGUAAAACAAUACAGUCUAUAAGGAUACCAAAAAGACUGCUGAAUUGGGCCUUACAAGUAAUUCCAGAACAUGGUUCAAAUGAAGAUACCUAGCUGGGUGUAUUGCUUUGUUUACCUCAUUGAACUUUUUCAUUCUUAAGUGCCUAGCAAUUUCUGCAGUGAAGCUGAAACAAGUUUACAUUCCUUGUUAUCUUUGGUGAUCACAGCAGCUGUUGGUUUUCCAACAUGAUGUUUAUCAUUUUAAAAUGUGUCUCUUAAUAUUUUAAUGAGCACUAGCUCUGUGUACCAGUUCUACUGAUGACAAGUUAGACAAGGAUACCAUUCUCCAUUGUUUUUUCCCAUCUAGAAUGAAAUAUGGUCCCAUACGUUGAAAUUAAAUCAAUUUACAAACUCGGUAACUUAUGUGUCACAAUGCAUUUGUCUCUUUCUACAUUAGCUAUUCAUUUUUCAACUUAAGAUAUGUAUCUGUAUGGAGGCAGAAAUAAAACAUAUGUGUUAAUAUUGAGUAGUACGAGGCAACUCCUAUCUUAAGUUGAAACGUGUAGAAGGGGACAACAAUGAAAGGUCUGUAAAGUAAGUCCUUAUACAUGGAGACCGUUUGUUGAAUGAUACUUAAAAGCAACUAUCUCUGAGUUUAUUAAAGAGGAAAAUAUAUAUUCGGUCACUAAAUUGCAGCACCUGCCCUGAACAGGUAAAUUGCAGAUGUAAGAGUCGUUUCACAUUUCUUGAUUGAUAUUUUAUGUGACCAGUUUAUUUUACUACAUGCUUUGUGAUAUUUUAUAUGACCAGUUUAUUUUGCUACAUGCUUUGUGAUAUUUUAUGUGACCGGUUUAUUUUACUACAUGCUUUGUACUGCUGUAACUUGAGCUAUCUGUGCAGCUACAUCAGGCUUGAUGUAGCUGGUCUUUGCAACCUCAGUGAGUUAAUGAUAGAGACCAAAGCUAAUGUUUUUGCCACCUGUGGUGUGAAGAGCCAGUGUUAUCCUUAAGGCUACCCGCACACUCAUAAGCUCCGUAUUUCUAACAUGACCCCUGAAAAACAAUUGAGAAUGGUACCCUUGUCUGAUUUGCCAUCAGUAGAAUUGGUAGAUACGGCUACUGCUCAUUAACAUGUUAUGGCACAUUUUUCCCAGCUUUUAAUAUCUGUUUUACAGGCUAAAUGUUCUGUAUAGAAUAGUUAUUUCUAAUUAUUUGAAAAACACUGUAUUGUUAAGAACUUUAGUUUCAGUGAAGCAAAAUAAUUUUUAAGAAAGAUUUCUAAUGGAAUUUAAUUCCCGUGGUAAUAAAUAGUUAAGCUGUUUAUUCUUGCUAAGUUAAUGUUUAUGGUUAUAGAAUAUUGUCCUCUUUUUAUGCCCCAUAUUGUCUUUUUUUCCCCUAUAGGGAAACCAACCAGACUUGACUUUUUUCACAUUGAGUAAAUACACUAUGUUUACCUUGUUUAACAAUGAAAAAUUAAACCAUGUUGUAAGAAA